AUGUAUAUUCUUGGCUUCUUCAAAUAGAGACCAAAUCAACACAAUGAAAUAGUACGUACUGACACGAUCAGGAACAACGGAUGAAGCAGCGGAAUCUCCAUAAGAAGAAGAAAGAGAAGGAGGAAAGAGAAUAUAAACGAUAUGAACUGUGCGGUUGCGCAACGACGGAGAGACGGAGAAGGAGAAGCAAGAGAGAGAAACUAUGUGUAAACAAAA